UUUUCAUGCCCUCUAUAUCUACCUCAACCAUGGCAGCUCUGGCCUCCUCGUCUCUCUUUCAUUGCAUUACAUUUACACCCCUCUCUCUCUCUCUCUUUCUGUCUCUGAGAUAUGGAGUUGGUAGACAUUGCUAUUCUCUGCUUCGCAGCUCUGUUUAUUCGUCUAUGGUGGCGAUACUGGUCGGCUACCGGCGGUGGAAGGAAGAACCUCCCGCCGGGACCGCCGGGGUGGCCGAUAGUGGGCAACUUAGUGCAAGUCAUCCUCCAACGCCGACCGUUCAUCUUCAUAGUGCGAGAUUUACGUCAAAAGUAUGGCCCCAUCUUCACCAUGCAUAUGGGGCAGCGAACUCUCGUUAUCGUGACCAGCUCCGAGCUCAUCCACGAAGCCUUGGUGGAGAGAGGCCCUCUCUUCGCCAGCCGGCCACCGGACUCUCCCAUCCGCCUCCUGUUUAGCGUUGGAAAGUGCGCCAUUAACUCCGCCGAGUACGGCCCGCUCUGGCGCUCUUUGCGGCGGAACUUCGUGACGGAACUGAUCAACCCCGCCAGGAUCCGGCAAUGCAGCUGGAUCCGGAAGUGGGCCAUCGAGAACCAUAUGCGGCAGCUCGAGGCCGUGGCUCGCCGCAAGGGAUCCGUCGAGGUGAUGAGCACCUGCAGGCUCACUAUCUGCAGCAUUCUCAUAUGUCUGUGUUUCGGGGCGAAAAUCUCGGAAGAUCGGAUUAAGGAAAUAGAGACGGUGCUGAAAGAUGUCAUGCUCAUGACCACACCGAAGCUGCCGGACUUCUUGCCCGUGCUCAUGCCGCUGUUCAGCCGGCAGCUGAAGGAUGCCAAGGAGCUGAGGAAGAAGCAAAUGGAAUGUCUGGUUCCUCUGUUGAGGAACAGAAAAAGGUUUCUUGAGAGUGGAGGAAAACCUGGCAGAAGCUUUUCGGAGAUGGUGAGCCCGAGUGGAGCGGCUUACAUCGACUCGCUCUUUAAACUGGUUCCACCCGGCCGGGGCGAGUUGGGCGAAGAGGAACUCGUCACGCUUUGCUCGGAGGCUAUAAACGCCGGAACGGAUACCAGCGCGACGACAGUGGAGUGGGCUUUGCUUCAUUUAGUGCUGGACCAAGAGAUUCAAGACAAGCUGUACAAAGAAAUCGUUGCUUGCGUGGGAAAAGACGGCACCGUCACCGAAGAAGACGUGGAGAAGAUGCCGUAUUUGGGAGCGGUGGUGAAGGAGACUUUCCGCCGCCACCCUCCUAGCCACUUCGUCUUGUCUCACGCUGCCACGACUGAGACGGAGCUCGGCGGCUACAAGAUUCCGGCGGACGUGAGCGUGGAGUUCUACACUGCGUGGGUGACGCAGGACCCGGGAUUGUGGGAGGACCCGGAGGAGUUCAGGCCAGAGAGGUUCCUUGACGGCGACGGCGUGGACGUCGACGUGACGGGGACGAGAGGGGUGAAGAUGGCGCCGUUCGGCGCAGGCCGGAGAAUCUGCCCGGCGAUGACUCUGGGGACGUUGCAUGUGAACUUGCUGCUUGCGAGGAUGGUGCAUGCUUUCAAGUGGGUCCCGGUUCCGGGUGCCCCGCCCGACCCGACUGAGACUUUCGCAUUCACUGUGGUGAUGAAGAACCCUCUCAAAGCGGUCAUUCUGAGUAGGUGAAGGACUUGAAGUCUGUGGACUGUGGUACUGUUUUCAUAGAUGCUUGCUCAUAAAUUAGUAAUAGCACAUAUAUAUACAUAUAUAUUGUGAGUCUAUAAUGACUACCCUAGCUAUAUAUAAUUAUUAAUUAUAUAUAUGUUUGAACUAUUAUGUCCUUCCACUGAGCUCUUGUAUGAUAUAAACUAAUGAACAUGGUGGUUUUUUAAUUUUAUUCCUUAA